AUGUUUGUUCCUCAUAAGCCUUGGUAUUUUGAAAAAUAUAUUGAUUUCUUUGAUCACGAUGGUACCCUUUUAGGAUUUGAAAUUGAAGAUCAAAUCUACUUUUUUGAUUAGCAUGGAGGAUGGGCUGAUUAAUAAGGUUGCUAUUACAAUUCUAAUUGUGAACCUGAUGGUUGGUUAUUGCCUGAUGGAAAAGACGAAAUAUUACAUUAUAAUUAAAAUAAGGAGUUUAUAAGAUCAUAUAGAAUUUAAGAUUUAGAUUGGUUGAAUCAGUAAGAAUAACACAGAAAAAGAAGGCAAUCAGCUAUUAAAUAGAUUUAGAUUUUAGAACAAUUAGGUUGGGAUUUAACUAAAAUUACAAUUUGA